GCAAAAUGGCUGACAACGUGGAUUUUGCGAACUUAUCUUUCGAAGAUAAUUAUUUAAUUAGACCUAGCGUCUAGUACAGCUUUCAAAGAGAUCCCAGGGCGUUUCAGUUCAUUUGCUGCAAUGGAGACUCCAAGUGUUGCACAUAAAAUUAAUUCUCAGAAAAGAACAAACGACGUUUUGCUGUCUGAAAAUGUAGAUUUCGCUGGUUUGCUUUUGUCGGAUCCAGUUCAGAAAGGCUUGAUAUCAGCCGGUUUUGAAAGACCGUCACCCAUUCAGUUAAAAGCCAUACCUCUUGGUCGUUGCGGAUUAGAUUUAAUAGUGCAAGCUAAAUCUGGUACUGGAAAAACAUGUGUGUUUUCUGUAGUUGCUUUAGAAAGCUUACAACUGAAAAGUUCAGCUCUGCAGGUAUUAGUUUUAGCACCAACUAGAGAAAUAGCUGUUCAGAUACAGGAUGUUAUAAAGAAUAUUGGAGUUUAUUUACCACGACUUGCUUGUCAUACAUUUAUAGGUGGACUUCCCGUAAAAGAUGAUAUACAGAAAUUAAAAAGAUGUCAUAUAGCUAUUGGAUCACCAGGACGUGUGAAACAGUUAAUAGAAAGUGGUUUAAUGUCAACAGAUAGUAUCAGAUUGUUGGUACUGGAUGAAGCUGAUAAAUUAUUAGAAGAAAGUUUUCAAGAUCAGAUAAAUUGGAUUUAUUCAACUUUACCAGAGAAUAAACAGAUUCUUGCGUUAUCUGCAACCUACCCAGAAUACCUUGCUAAUCAUUUAACAGCCUAUAUGAGGAAUCCAACUUUUAUACGUCUUAAUAUUUCUGAUCCAGCUCUAUUGGGUAUUAAACAGUAUUAUACGCAAGUACCCCAUCAUCCAUUACCAAAUAAAGACCUAGAAACAAAGACUAAAGCUGUUGUAGAAAUAUUGUCCAGUAUUACAUUUAAACAAUGUUUGAUCUUUUCAAACUAUCAAACCAGAGCCCAGAAUUUAUGCAGUGAAUUACAAGCUCAGGGAUGGCCAACAACUUGUAUAGCUGGUAGUUUAGAUCAGAAAGAAAGAUUGGAGGCCAUGAAUCAACUUAAAACAUACCAGUGUCGAGUUUUAAUAUCAACUGAUUUGACAUCUCGUGGUAUUGAUGCCGAUAACGUAGAUUGUUGUUUAUAUUGUAGACAUCUCGUGGUAUUGAUGCUGAUAAAGUAG